AUGGCUACUCGGACUGCAAUUCAAAGACUCACCCGCGAUUACAAGCGGAUGCAGGAUAGUCCGACACCCUUCAUUGAUGCUCAUCCCAGUGAAAAGAACAUUCUGAUAUGGCACUAUAUCAUCACUGGUCCUCCAUCGACGCCGUAUGAGGGGGGACAAUACCACGGGACUCUGACGUUCCCCGCUGACUUCCCGUUCAAGCCUCCUGCGAUUAGAAUGAUUACUCCCUCUGGUCGAUUCCAGCCAAAUACCAGACUAUGCCUAUCAAUUUCAGAUUUCCACCCGAAGUCGUGGGAUCCUACUUGGGGCGUUAGCACAAUUCUCACAGGACUCCUCAGUUUUAUGACAUCAGACGAGCUUACAACUGGAGCACUGAUUUCAUCUGAUGCCGAGAAAAUUCGACUAGCAAAAGCAUCCCGCGAGUGGAAUCUGUCCAAUCGAAAAUUUGUCGAGGAGUUUCCGAAAGAGACGGCAGAAAACCGAGAGCCGAAUGCUGCCGGCUCGGCUCAGCGAAAGGUGCCUCUAGGAGUCUUCGAUGCCUCAAGUAUUGGAUCGGCAAAAGAUGGGAAGCGCGUGAACGCCGGGAAUACAAAUCGUAAUGCACCCUCAAGUUGGACUACAUCCCGAAAACUGAUGUGUGUCUUCGUCGUUGUUCUAUCAUAUGUGGUGUUUUCCCGAGUGACUACGAGUACUGGCACCCGCGUUUAG